AUGUUCGCAUCUUCGCUUCGCUCGGUCGCUCGUCGUGGCCCUUUGAAGGCCCGCACCUUCAGCUCGACCGCUGCGACGAGCGCUGCCGAGGUUAAGUCGCUCGGCGUUAUCGGUGCUGGUCAGAUGGGAUUGGGAAUUGCUCUCGUCGCCGCGCAAAAAGCCGGAGUCCCCGUGACUCUAGUCGAUAAUUCACAGGCGUCUUUGGACAAGGGCCUCAAGUUUGCCGACAAACUUCUCGAGAAAGAUGUUGCCAAGCAGCGUCUGACCCGUGAGGCCGCUGAUGCCGCUCGUGCUCUGCUUACUCCCACCGUGAAGAUGGACGACCUUUCCUCGGUUGACUUUGUUAUCGAGGCCGUUCCCGAAAUUCCCGAUCUCAAGCAGUCCAUCUUCAAAGCCCUUGCGCAAAUCGCGCCCAAGCACGCCAUUCUGGCCACCAACACUUCAUCUAUCCCUAUCACCAAAAUCGCCGCCGCUACCACUUCAGACCCGACAGACUUGCAGGCCCCGUCCCGGGUGAUCUCCACCCACUUUAUGAACCCCGUACCCGUUCAGAAGGGUGUCGAGAUCAUUCGUGGCCUGCAGACAUCGCAAGAAACCACCGACACUGCCAUCGCUUUCGUCGAGCGCAUGGGCAAGGUCGCUUCGGUCUCUGCUGAUUCCCCGGGCUUCCUGGCCAACCGUAUUCUCAUGCCAUAUAUCAACGAGGCUGUGAUCUGUCUUGAGACCGGCAUCGGUGGGCGUGAGGAUAUCGACAACAUCAUGAAGAAUGGUACCAAUGUCCCCAUGGGUCCCUUGACCCUGGCAGACUUCAUUGGGUUGGACACUUGUCUGGCUAUCAUGAAUGUGCUCCACCAGGAGACUGGUGACAGCAAGUACAGACCCGCUGGACUCCUGCGUCGCAUGGUCGAUGCAGGUUGGAUGGGCAAGAAGACCGGCAAGGGAUUCUACACCUACUAA